AUGCCAGUUAUGAAGUGGCUUCGCCGCAAGAAGGAAUCGUCCAUACACAUUAUUGCCCCAAGAGAAGCAUCUGCAGAAGGUCACAUAUGCUGGAAGUGCACGAAAUGCAAUGUCAUCUUCCUGCAGAAGAAUAUUGCCCGGUUGCAUCUCCGUGUCAGACACGCUAGUACUUUCAAGCUCUUCGCUUCUCGUGCCGAGGAGAUUGAACGUUCCAUUGAACCCUUUCCCCGUGCCGCGACACACGGCGUGUAUGAGGUAUAUUCAGCUCAUCCUACACCUUUCAGACCUCUCACGUGCAUGCUUCGGAAGUACACAUCCAGUGUUAUGGCGAGAAGGGCAUACGGCCUCGGCAGACUGAAAGAUAAUGUUGCCAGCACGAGCUACCGAGUCCUCGAAGCCCUCACCAAUGACGGCAAUAGUCCGCCUCAGUCUCUGUCUCCCACUGUCGAGCACCUUCUCCUUGCCGCACAGCAUCGCCGUUCCGUGUUACACCUCGCCUCCACUCUCGGCAGGGCUGAUCCUGAGUUUAUGGCUGCACUGACUCGCGACGAGGAGCACAUCAUGGGGCUCCUAGAGUCGAUGUCAGACAAUGACAAAGGCGAAGUCAUACGCCUCCGCGGUCCCAUUGCAGCCGACCUGCUCAACCUUCUCGAUCUGCCAUCUGAAGAAUAUAUGCCAACUUGGAUGUUGCAUCCCUCGCCGCCGGCCGCCUCGGAUAUCUUUCCAUUCAAAGCAAACCUGUCGGAACAUGGAGCGGAAUUAGAGCGUUCGCUGCGGCAUAUAUUUGCGAAGUAUCUCGCCAGCUCCCGCACAGGUUAUUGCUAUCGGACGUACGCUUAAGAGAUCGAGAUCGCCGACCUGUAGACGGCGGUUCGUACGGGGAGAUCUACAAGGGCGACACGGAGGAAAGGCCGUAGCG